AUGCCACUACUCUCACGCAUCACCUCCAAGAUGUCGACCACCACACCACUUUCCGAGAUCCCAACCCUCACCCUCCUCUACAAACUCAACAAACUCACGCCCUCCACCUCACCCAAAUCCUCCGCAACCUCCCGCUUCAACGACAAAAUCUCCCUCAUCCGCACCGACAUCACCAAACUCGAAACAGACUCCAUCGUCAAUGCCGCAAAUGAAUCCCUCCUUGGCGGCGGCGGUGUCGACGGCGCUAUCCACCGUGCAGCAGGCCCCGGCUUGUUAGACGAAUGCUCUGACCUCGACGGCUGCGACACCGGCGAUGCAAAGAUCACUGAUGCCUACGAACUCCCAUGCAAGAAAGUGAUUCAUGCGGUGGGACCAGUGUAUUACUCGACGAAGCGGAAAGGAAUGCAUACGGCUCUCCUGCAGAGCUGUUACACGAAGAGCUUGGAGCUGGCGGUGGAGAAUGGGUGUAAGAGUGUUGCGUUCAGUGCCCUUUCUACCGGAGUCUAUGGAUAUCCUAGCAGGGAGGCGGCGGAGACUGCGAUUCAGGCGGUGAAGGGGUGGUUAGAAGAGGAUGAGGAGCGGGCGGGGAAGAUAGACAGGGUGGUGUUUUGCCAAUUCAUGGAGAAGGAUGAGAGGGCUUAUGAGAACUAUAUACCACAGUACUUCGUCCCAGCAGAUGAGGCCGCUCAGGAGGACAAGAAGGACGACACAGCCGAAGUCGAGGAGAAGACUGUGGAGGCAGACAAGGACGGAUCUACAGAUCAGCCCGCGGCACCAAAGGAGGAAGAGACCGCAGCACAAGCUGAAGUCGAGGCAGAGAAGAUCCCAGAACUGCCAGACGUGCCAACUGAGGAGCCCAAGGACGCCGACCAGCCUGCGAUUAAGAAGCUCAAGCUGGAUGAGGACGCCAAGGUUUGA